ACUUGUACAGCUUUUCGAGAUGUUAUGCAAACACACGGCAUGGCGACGUUUAGUAUGGAAGGGAAAAUCGAAAUUGAGAUCCGCAUGUGCACUCAAAAAAAGCUUUUAUGAAACACGACGUAUCAAUGAUAUAAACAGAUCGGGAGAUUAUCAAUAGAUUGAGAAGUAUCUUUAAAAACUCAAUUGCAAUCAAAUUGAUAUGGAUUAACGUAACAUUCAGUUAUGUAUUUAUAAAUAAAAACCACAUUUCCUCCAUUCGAAAGCAUAUCCGUGAAGGAAAUAACAUUUACCAGCAGUCUACAUUGAACUAUUGAUAAAUAUUGAUUAAAUUAAAUGAAGAUUAAUUGAUGACAUGUUUUAUAUAUUAUAACUUCUUUUCACGUGUUAUAUGAACUAAGCCGACUUUUAUUUAUAAUAACCUAGGUAGGUGUAACAUACAUGACUGUAUACUGUGUGGCUUCCAGUGAUUUUCUGUGAAAGUUUUCGUUUCGGAUUUUUUUUUAAAUAGUCAUCAUUCUCUAAAAAUAAAGGACAACUUAUUGUAUAGAUUUAAAAUGCCGACAAUAGAGAGCGAUUUAAAAACAAAAAACACAUUACCGGACAUAUUCCGUACUAUAAAUGGAAUAAAUUUGGAUAUAGGACCUCUUGACCGACUCCGUGACCAAGAAGCAUCUGUCGACGCUUUAUCACUUGGCAAAGGCGACCAUGGAAGAAAAGGACGCAGUAAUUUCCCCCGUAUUAUUCUCCGUGAUGUCCUUGGACACGAGUUAGACACCUUCACGACGUUACAAGAGGCUAUAUACCGUGCUAAAUGGAACGUUAAACAAACAGGUCAAGCUAAGGAACCGAUAGAAUGGAGGUUACCGAAGGCGCCGCCGCCGGCACGACCAGAUCUUACCAGAACGUUUCCUCCGUUAAAGCACCCGCCGGCACAUCCUCCGGACAAUAAACUGAAAGGAAGAUUCGAUAGUGCGAGAGUGCUGGAGUUUGAUGUAGAAGAUGUGGGGUUUGUUAGAGAGAGUCUCCAGUAUUUACCAUAUGCCCCGUCAUUAUCUUUCCUCAAACAGGAAAUAUUGGUCGGACCAAAGACGUAUUUCCAGAUUGUUGGCACAAUGUUGCUGCAUAAGAAAAUUUUGUCACAGACGGAGAAAAGACGAGCUGUUUAUAACUUCCCAGGAUUCUGCUCAGGAUGUAUGAGGAUGGGCCUGUGUUAUGGCUGUGAGAGAAGUACUGAAAUACACUUCCAUGAGGACAAGCCUGUAAAGACUGGUGGAGGAUUUACUUACUUCAAAAAAGACAGACCAGAGAAUGAGAUCAAGUCAAGGAACCCAAUUAACUGGAAAAUACAACACCCAGAUCAGGCUCUCAAGAAGCUUAUGGAAGAAUAUGCUGGGGUUGAACUUGAAGGUGCUAUACCAGAUGAAAUCAAACAACACCUGGACAAACAUGGUGGUCAUCGGGAGAGAAUCGUCUCAAAUAUACCAGACUUUGCUAAAGAAAUGCAACAAUAUAAUAAUAAAGAAAAAUUGAUAAAAGGAGAUGGGCAUUUACCAGAUAUACAUGUCAAGUAUGGACCAGCUGGUGAAGGUUAUGAUGACCUUAAAGGUCAAAAUGAAGGUCAAUAUGAUGGUCAAAGUGAAGGUCAAAUAAAUAGCAGAGGAACCGACCUUGACGGUUACGGUGACAGCAGAGGUUAUGACUCUGGUGAUGAGAGAGGUUAUAGUGGUAGAGGUCAGCAUGACCUUGACCCUCGUGAUGUCAAAGUUUACAUUGAAGGUCAAGGUGAUCUAGAUGAUGAUGAGUAUGAUGAAGAUGGUCGAGACAGACGUAUAGGUGGGAGGGGUAAAGGACAUAGUAGUAGAUUAGAUGGUGCUAAAAGCUGGAGUAAAACUCAAUCAGGAUAUAAUACAAGUGGAGAUGAAGCAGGUCGGUCUGCUAGUUAUGAUAGAUAUGAUAGACAAGGACAUAGACUACCCAAAUACAGACGUGUAGAAUCUGGCUCAGAAGAAGAGAAUGAUGAGGAUGGACAUUCAGAUACUGAAGGUUAUAACUCACAUCGUGGUCGAAGAAAGGAAAAACUGUACAAAGACAGUCAGCAUGAAGCUCCCCCUGCCUUUAAGUUAAAGAAGAGCCCUAAAAGAAGUAUAGUAUCGAAGUCACCAUUCAGUACUGAUAGGGUGUAUGAUUUACCUAAAGGUAAAGGACUUGAUAUAAAGAAGUCAGACAAGCCACCUACACAGUUCAAAGAUUUUAGAAAUGUUGAUGCAUCUUGGAAGGAACCAAAGAAGUUUGAGCUUAAGAAAAAUGAACAGAAAGCAACCAAAUUCUGGUCAGGACCACCUCAAAAGAAGAAGGAUAAGAAGAAAGGAGACAGGUCACAUGGAAUUAGAAGAGUUCCCUCCCCUAGGUCAAUAUCACCAGACUCUGGACUUGACAGUGAACUCCUUACUGGACAAAGACAGAAUGGCACUAGGUCUGGUACCAAUAGUUCCACAAAUAAACAAAAAUAUGUGAUGUACCAGCCCAGAUCUUCUACAAUCUCUCCUAUUUUAUACCAGGGAGAGAACUCUGAAACAAAACUUGCAUUAUCUUCUAAUGAUGAGGAUGAGGAAGAAAAUGUAAAGGAAGUUCAGGAAAUAUAUAAAGGUCAAAUGACACUCAGUGACCUUGAAAGUGAGUCAUCAGUCAACCAAAACCCUCAAGGUCUUAGGUCAAGAAGGCGUUUUCCUAAUCUAAAAGUUACAAGGACAGGUCAUGGAAGGCAAGAAAUCGUGUUAGGGAAAACAGAUGAAGAUGUUGAAGAUGCUGAAAAUGACAAUAUCAUUUCAGCUGUUGUAAGAGAUAAGAAUAAUGAAAUAAUUGAAUUGAAAAAUCAUGAUUUCAAUGAUAACAAACAACACCAAGGAAAGAAAAAUGAGUUCAGAAAAGGUGAUGUAGGAGGUCAAGGUCAAGUACCAGGUAAAAGACUCAUUGGUGGUAAGAAGACAAGGUCAUUCCUCAAAGGUCAAACUGAAAAUGAUGACGUAGUAUCCCAUGCUGAUCUUCCCUUGUCCAAAACAAGACCGAAUUCCCCAUGGACAUUGCCAGACUAUAAGGCAAGCAAUUUGUCUCCAAGCAACAGGUCUAGGUCAAGGUCAAUGAUUAAGGAAUAUCAGAGGAUGUUCCAGCGUCAACAUUGCAAGAAAAGUGGCAGCUUGCCUGUUGUAAGUUUACACACUAAAGACAAUCAAAGAUCACAAUCUGUGGGAAAUUUUACUCCAUUUUUUGGUGAUGCAGAUAUGUACAAUAGGCAUGCUAGAGGAAACAGUAGCCAGGGUAGAAAAUCUCAUUCAAGAGGAUCAAAAACAACAGGUAGAAAUUCAAGAUCUGGUUCAGUAUCGGUAGACAAUGAAGGUACAUGGAUAAUCAAUGAUCCAAGCUCAAGAAAAAAGAAUUCUUUGAAGGUUCCUACGGGAAGAAGAGAAAGUUUUCUAUCCACAGGUCAAUCUCAGUUCACUGGAAGCUACAUUGACCAGGGUGUUACAUCUGGUAAGCUUAAUGAUGGUAAAGCAGUAGAUAAUAUUUCCGAGAGAAACCAGGUAAACCAAGAAGUAAAUAGUAGUAACAUAAUUCAACUUCCAAAUGAAUUUGAUGAUUAUGGUUACACAGAAAUAUAUCAUGAUACUUCAUUUUCACCUCCAUUAGUUCCAAGUGAUGUUGACAAACCAAUGGGAUCACUUACUUCACAAGAGCCAGAUCUUGAACUUGUUUUUGAUGAUAUUAUUGAUGUAGAAAAUCUUGAAAUAGAUGAAAAUCAGGAGGAUGAAAAUGAUGAUGAUAUUGAGAAGAUGAAAAAGCUGGAGAGAAAAAGAAGACACAGGCAUAGAAAGCACAGAAGAAGAAGGAAAGAAGAGCUUCAAAAAGAUGAUGAAUCAAAUAACAUUAAGGAUCCAGACCUUGUUAUGACAAAGGAAAUUGAGGGAGGAACUGAAGACAUUAAGGAGAAUAAUGUUGAUGAUAUAGAUAAUAACAAUUUGGUUAAUGUUGAAGAAAAUGAAGUUGCUACAGAAAACAGUGAUGAUGAUAUUUUAGAUGAUACUUUAAGUAUAGUAGCUAGAGAAAAUUCAGGGGAGAAAGACAUGGGUAAAACUAAAGAUAGAAUUGGAAGGUCAAAGAAGAGGCAUAGACGAAAGAAAGGUAAUACUGGUGAUAUAGAUGUAGAUGAAGAAAAUAGAAGUAAAAGUUAUGAGAAGCAUCAACACUCAAGAUCUAAUGAUAGAAAAGGUAAAAGUAGAAAAUCAAAUAGGAAGCACCUAAACAUGAAUGCUACAGAUAGAAAUGUUUCUGCUCAAGAUGAAAGAGAUCACAGCUAUGAGCAGUCAGAUAGGAACCAGUCAAAAGAUAGUAAAAGAUCAAAGUUGAGCAGUCAGAAACAGUCAAAUGCUAGUGUUUAUGAUGAGAAGAAGCCUAGUAAACGUAAACAAAGGACAUCAAAAGAAAGAAAAACAGCUGAAAGGACAGAAGAUGACUUUUCUGAAGAAAAUUCAGAUUAUAGUACAGACAAUAGUGAUGACAUAGAAGGUAAAGGACAAAGAGGUUUCCAGUCUGAAGAAGAAGGAGGUGCAAAUUCUAAGGGAAAAAGAGAUUUGAAACAUGUCAGAAGAAUGAAAGGCAGGAGUGGUAAUGUUGAAAAAGAAAAUGUUAAAAAUGGAGCAGAACAUAGUGCAAGAGAUAAUGGAGAUGAUCUUGAUGUUUUAAAUGAAAAAGAAAAUGAUGACAAAGAUAGAAAAAUGAAAAACGGGGGUAGAAAGAAAAGGUCAAAAGAUAGAAAGGCUCAAAGAAAAGUAAACGGUAAGAAUCCCAAUAAAGAUGUAAACCAUAGUGGGGAUAGGGGAAGAAAGAAAAGGAAACCUGGUAGAAGCAACAGUUUAUCUGAAGAAGAAAAUGACAUUGAUUUUAAUCAAUUGCCUAGUAUCCAAAGUCAACUUGCGAAGAUAUUUGACAAUCAGAGCAACAAACUGCAGGACAAAGAGCCAGAAGAAGACAAACUUGAAGAAUCUUCUGAAGAAGAGAAUUUUGAAGAUGGUAUUGGUACUGACUUGGAUGAAAAUUCAGAGAACGAAUCAGAUAUAGAAGAUAACAAGUGGGAACAACAAAGACCAAGUUCUGCUGGAAGAAACAGUGUCCUUGGUGUUACAGGAAGAAAACUGAGCAAAGCUCGCUCUCUGUCAAUGCCAUUGUUAACUGAUAUACAGGAACUACAGGAGAGGUUUGGUACGCUUACACUUGAACAGCUGAAAGCACCAUUCAAAGUUCCAGUAUAUCUUAGAGGAUUCAGUCAAGGGCCGGUUAUUGUAAAGAAGCAGUUUAAAAGCAAUCCUAAGAGGGUUAAAGGUAGAGACAAAAGGUCAAUGUCACUCUCAGUUGUGACCUUCACACCACAAAUUUUUGACCUUCAAGAUUCAACCAAUAAAUCUGAACCACUAGAGCCAGUAAGGGAGGAAACUCUUACAAUAACUCCAGAUAUGAGUUUGUCAGAGAGAAUUGGGACACCAUUACAGCAUAGAGUGCAGUCUCCUGUACCAGAGAAACCACCCCGUGCUGUGUCACCUCCGAAGAAGAGAGAGAUUGUGAAGAAAGUAAAGAAACCCUUACAGCCUUCACCUAUACCGAUACCAGUAGAUCCGAGGCCACCUAUAAAGGAAAAGACACCAAGCCCUGAACCUAUAGAAGAGAAACCUGUUUCAAGGGAGAUAAGCUUUGAUUUUGUGAAAGAAAAGUCAAUACCAGAGUUACCUCCCAUAGAAGUUCCUGAACUCCCAGAAAUACCAGAAUUGCAGUCUGAAUACAAGGGUGUAAAGAAGGAACGAAAAUUAAUAGAAGUCACCCCAGAGAUACCUGAAGCUAAAAAGAAAUUACCACCCCCACCAAAACUUGCACCAAGAAUUAAAACUCGGACAUCCAGGAAGAGCAAGGUUGCGGAGGCACCUGUCACCACACAAGAACUACAACAGCUUUCUGAUCCACUUGAUUUCCUAGCUAAAUACUGUAUAAUUAACCCAGACAGAUUACAUACUAUGAGGAGUGUUUAA